GCCGCCAGUCGGCCCGCAAGCCUCGUCUGGGCGCGAUCGCGAGAGGCUUGACAGUGCGGCCUAUUCCCCUCCGCACGAAUUUCCACAGCCACGCGACAGUCCCUUGGGUGCCUACCAGUCAUACAGCUACAACAGACGACUGAGACAGACGAUUUCGGGGCCAGACCAGCCUCAGGGACAGCGCGCGCGAGAGAAGAAGAGAGAGGACCCGUAGGCCCACUCGAGGCCCAGCUAUAAGAGGGGCGCGCAUGAGGUGGCGAACUGAGGAGAGUGAUCAGAAGUGCAUUGCUAGAUCGGUGGCGCUGGGGAAAGUCCGCCUUCCAUCGAGUUGGCCCCCGCAAGCGCCACUUAUGUAACGCCAGUCCCUCGCUCUUUUUUCUCUCGACGGAACAUCAGGGCGGUCGUGGCCUGACGACUCAUCGGGAACAGAAGAUACCAAGUUACUCGACUCCUGAUAGAUGCCUAUGAAGCUGAGCCACGAACGAUCCUGACAGUGUCCAGCAUAGGUGUUAGCCCCAGGUGGUCCAGUACUACCAACCACAGUGGCAUAAAUAACAGCCACGCGCCAGUCAUAAGGUCGACAGCUGCAGGAGGGGGGGGCAGAGGAGGCAGAGUCAUUAAACCCACGGAGUAGCGCAAAUCGAUGGCCAUCAGCGCCCAUGGGCGGCCUGGGGUUUAGAACGCGGAACAGCCCCUCCCAGAAGACCUCACUCCGCUGGGGUGACUGCUGCCCCCGGAACCUCGAGCCUCCACUGCGGGCGCUGGUGCAGGCAGCAGCGGCAGCUCGGAGCGUCAGACGCAGCAGCAGAAUCAUCUUCAGCAACAAUAAAAACAUCAACAAAAACAAGAACAAUUACAACUACAAUCAUCCACCCCGUGGAGCCAGGCCAGUUGCAACAGCGCUCAGGAAGCCCAGGAGAUAUCAGGACAUGGCGACCUUCACCGUCUGAGGCUGCCCCCCGCUCUUGCGUGACUGCACUCCCAGGGGCCUUCAGAGGCUUCCAAGCUUUGGCAAGUCCGACCGACUGCCUAGCCUCUUGGAUCUCGUUCCGCGCCAACUGGAAUUCUCACCGGUGGAGAUAUCAUCGUCAUCAGCGCCGAAGAUGAUCAACGUGGCGGGCGUAGUCUCCAUCGUGCUCUUCUACCUGCUGAUCCUGGGCGUGGGAAUAUGGGCCGCCCGGAAAAAGGAGGCGGGCAACGAUUCCGAGGAGGAGGUGAUGCUCGCCGGCCGCUCCAUCGGCCUCUUCGUCGGCAUAUUUACGAUGACCGCGACCUGGGUGGGGGGUGGGUACAUCAACGGCACCGCCGAGGCCAUCUACACCCGCGGCCUUGUCUGGUGCCAGGCGCCCUUCGGCUACUCCCUCAGCCUCGUCUUCGGUGGAGUGUUCUUCGCGAACAAGAUGCGGCAGCAGGGCUACAUAACGAUGCUGGACCCGCUGCAGGACGCGUUCGGCGAGCGGAUGGGUGGGCUCCUGUUUCUACCAGCCCUGUGCGGCGAGGUGUUUUGGGCCGCGGGCAUCCUCGCGGCUCUCGGGGCUACCCUAGCCGUCAUCAUUGACAUGGAGCAAGGGACCUCGGUGGUGCUCAGUGCCUGCAUCGCCGUCUUCUACACCCUUUUCGGCGGCCUCUACUCCGUAGCUUAUACCGACGUCAUUCAACUCUUCUGCAUAUUCAUUGGACUCUGGAUGUGCAUCCCGUUCGCCUGGGCCCACCCGAUAGUGCAGCCCCUGAGCUCGAUGGACGUCGACUGGAUCGGCGAAGUAAAGCCAAAGGAGUACUGGUCGUACCUGGACUAUGGACUGCUCCUUAUAUUUGGUGGGAUCCCGUGGCAAGUCUACUUUCAGAGAGUACUGUCCUCCAAGUCCGCUGGUCGGGCCCAGAUACUCAGUUACGUGGCUGCCGUCGGGUGCAUCCUCAUGGCCAUUCCACCAGUCCUCAUCGGGGCUAUUGCCAAAGCUACUCCAUUUAACGAAACGGGAUACCAAGGUCCUUGGCCGCUGACGGAGACUGAAACCAGCAUGAUCCUGCCGAUGGUUUUGCAAUACCUCACUCCAGAUUUUGUGUCAUUUUUCGGACUGGGUGCCGUUUCAGCCGCCGUCAUGUCAUCAGCGGACAGUAGCAUUCUAUCUGCCAGUUCUAUGUUCGCGAGGAACGUGUACAAACUAAUUUUCCGUCAGAGGGCAUCGGAAAUGGAAAUAAUUUGGGUGAUGCGGAUCGGCAUUGGCGUCGUCGGUAUCCUGAGCACAAUCAUGGCCCUGACCAUACCUUCAAUCUACGGUCUCUGGUCCAUGUGCUCGGACCUGGUCUAUGUGAUCCUGUUUCCGCAGUUGCUGAUGGUCGUGCACUUUAAACACUACUGCAAUACCUACGGCAGCCUCACCGCUUACAUAGUGGCCUUCGUCGUGCGCAUUAGCGGCGGUGAGCCGAUAAUGGGCUUGCCUGCGUUUAUACGCUUUCCAGGCUACGAUGAGGAAACCAGCACUCAGAUGUUUCCCUUUCGAACCAUGGCCAUGCUAAUAUCUCUCAUAACCCUCGUUGGAGUCUCCUACGGCACUCAGUACGUCUUCCUCAGCGGCAAACUCGCCCCGAGCUACGACAUCUUCCGUUGCGUUGUCAACAUCCCGGAGGAUGUCGAGAGAGUUGGACCUGAUCCAGCUGAGGGCGAGCAGAUGUCAGUUCUCGCAGCCGGCCCAGGCAGGCUCUACGGCAGCAAGGACGAAUCUAACGGCCGAGUGAACCCAGCACUCGAGCCGGACUACGACAUGGAGCCGGGUUACCCAGGAGGGGACCAGCCGGGCUCGAUCGUCGGUGGCGUGGGCGGUGGCGGUGGUGGUGGCAUGGGCUCAGCCAUGAAGGUCGGGCCUCAUUCCACUUCCAGCGGCGCUGCUGGCGCAGCCCACGGUCCGCGCCCGGCCCAGAAUAGUACCGCCUUCUAAUUCAACGGACUCCGUGAUCGGAUGCUGUGACCAACAAUAAGCUCGGCGACGCGGCCCAUCGCCACCUAUUACAACUCAAGCAUGGCUUCUUUCCUCCGUAUUUAACUCCAACUGGCAGGUUCUAUUUAUUUUUUAAUACGUUCAAUUUUUUCAUAUUUUUUUCAUAAUUCAAAAGUAGACUCAAUUACGUAAAUAAUGCUGCAACUAUUCUGCGAAAAAUAAGGUUAAUUUUUGAAGUUGUACACUUUUCAUAUGAUUAUUAUGCAAAGCAUUAGUACGAUUACCGCUUGUAUAAUAUAUAAUUCAUUAUUUGUUGUCCCUACAAAACUCAUAAAAAAAUAUUCAAAAGAAAUUCUUUAGUGAGCAUCUAGAAUAAUGUAUACACUUUCCUUUUAAAGAGCACAUUAGAAAGUUUGUGACACUUUGUGAAGCUUAUGACUGUGUUAUGAACAUUUCACAUGUAAUUCAAAAUUUUAUCGCAAAUUUAAAUGUAUGUGUGAACUAGAACUAUUUGAGUCUAUUUUUGUACUUUUAUUAAUUUUGAAACCUAACGAAAAAUAGAUAAAACUUUAUUUUUAAUAUUUUUAUGGU